ACAACAACAAAAUUACGCGGAUGAAGCUCAAGGUCCUAGAAUAUUUUAGUACCUUGGGUGAAACUGGCUCGUUUCGUUUCGUCAUAUAUUUUGCCCGUGUCACAAUGCAUUAAUAUCAACGAAAUAACCUUAAUCCGUCACGUGGAAAAUUUUUAAUUUUUUAACAGUUGCUAAUCGUUUUCACGUUCUUAGAUCUUGUACUCUAGUUUUCACUACGUGCGAACGGCGCCAUCUGGUGUCGAUACCCGGUAACCUUGGACGGUAAGGAAGGAGGCGUAUUGUCCCUAAAUUCAUCACGUUAGUAGUACAAUUUAACAUUUCGAUCCAGUCCGUCUAGAAAAUGCAGUUUAUUCCUACGGAACAUCAACACGUUAGAUUCAACCCGCUGUUAGAAGAAUGGAUUUUGGUCUCUCCGCAUCGCACCAAACGGCCUUGGCAGGGUCGAGUGGAAAAACCUCCGGAAAAACAUGUUCCUCCUUUCGAUGCCAAAAAUCCUCUUUGUCCUCGUGCCGUCAGGGCUAAUGGAGAGACAAAUCCGGAUUAUGCCAGUACAUUUCUCUUCGACAACGAUUAUCCUGCACUGGUGGAAGAUGUUCCAGAUCCCCGGAGCAGACAUCCACUGUUUCGGACAGGAUCAGCCAAAGGAACGUGCAAGGUGAUGUGCUUUCAUCCCCGUUCCGACACGACUCUGCCACUGAUGACCGUGGAAGAGAUAUUAGAAGUAAUUGAUGCCUGGGUACAACAGAGCAUGGAACUGGGGAGACAGUACAGAUGGGUGCAGAUAUUUGAAAAUAAAGGAGAAAUACAAGGCUGUUCCAAUCCUCAUCCACACUGUCAGAUUUGGGCAAGUUCAUUUCUGCCAAACAUUCCAUCAAAAGAAGAAACUGCACAAAAAAAUUAUUAUGAAAAGCAUGGUACUGCAAUGCUUCUUGAAUACCUUAAAGAAGAAUUAAAGCGUAAAGUGAGUAAUGCUUUUAAAUCUUCAGAGUUUUAUUCAAUUUUAAUGAUAUUUGGUGUAAUUUUACAGGAAAGAAUUGUUCUGGAAAACGAGCACUGGGUAGUUUUAGUGCCAUAUUGGGCGACGUGGCCGUACGAAACUUUACUUCUACCAAAGAGACGUGUGUCGAGAUUGGUUGAUCUGAACGAUGGUGAAAAACAUUCUCUAGCAUACAUUAUGAAACAACACCUAACCAAAUACGAUAACCUAUUUGAGACGUCGUUUCCUUACUCCAUGGGAUGGCACGGAGCUCCCACUGGCGAUUUUAACAGUGAUGCCAGCCACUGGCAACUUCAUGCUCACUAUUUUCCUCCUCUCCUCCGUUCAGCCACCAUAAAGAAAUUCAUGGUCGGUUACGAGAUGCUAGCCCAACCUCAACGAGAUUUGACUGCCGAACAAGCUGCAGAGAAACUAAGAAGUUUAUCAGAAGUACAUUAUAAAUGUAUUUGACUGAAACAUUAUAAUUAUACAUUUAACUAUAUUGAACUUCAAACAAAAGAUAAUUUACUAAGUUCUUUUUAUAUGAAAAAUAAAUUGUGAUGCUAUGUUGUUUCAAAUAUAGCAUUUUCUCCUAAUUGUUAAACUUAAUUAUAAAAGAAUUUCCACAUACAAAUUACUAAGAUGCCUUGAUAAAUAUUGGCAUCACUCACAAGGGGACCUUACGGUCUCGGAAAUUCAGUUCAGGAUGAGACUUCACAGGCUAUUUGUAUACUCUAGGGUGUCUACCCAGAAUAAUUGUAAAGUGCACUAGCCAGAAGAUUCCGAGGAAAAGGGGUCUAAAGUUUUAAGUACUGCUCAUAUACUGGUCGAUUUUACACUAUGGCAGCACAGCGAAAUAGGUGUCUGUAGCGAACUUGCCAUGUGGGUGAUCUAGGUUCAUCCUAUCUUCGGCUAACUUUUUUUUUAACUGUUUUAAAAAUUAUAACAACUUUUUAUUUUAAACAAUUGGCACAUUGUCGUGAUGAAGUUUCCACAUGUCCUCGAUGUCACUUUGAAGAGGAGGGUCAUGCACUGCCAGUCUUUUGAGAACUUCCAAGUAGAAAACAUUUACAGUGGUCCUGGCAGGUACAAAUUUGUGGUGAAUAAUGCCUCUGACGUCAAAGAAGACAAUGAGCAUGGUUUUGAUCCUGGACUUGCUCAUGUGUGCCUUCUUGGGGCAGGGCGACUUGUGCCAUCAGAAAACUUGUGAUUUGGACAAGCAAUCUCUCCCAAAGGCCUGCUGAAUUAACCUGUCCUGUGUUGACCUCAUUGAUCUGCGUGGGCGAUCCCGAAUAUUUCCGUGUUUACAUCGGAACAUUUUUGAUACUAGAUGUCGCUUCGCGUCACAAUUUUUAUAUUAAAACGAACUUUUAAAAUAACAUUUUUUCCGUUUUUAUAUUAUUUGAUAAAUAUAUUUUGUUUGUGAAACAUAAAA